AUGCGACGGCGGGCUCGAGAUCACACGACACCAGCUUUUGAAUUAAUUUGCUUCAACACUCAGCGGCAUGCCCAUUCGACAACGGACCGAGUCCCGAUCACACGUUACAGUAGAACAAAACAAUUCAGCACUGAAAAGAAACAAAGUAUUGGAAAAAUGAGCGUAACCACCAGUGCAAUUGAGAGAAAUGAUUCCGGCGACGCUCGGACUUACAAUGUGACCACAUUCGGAAUAGGACCCAACAAAACAAAUGUACCACAAACUAGCCCCAGAAAAUUCAAGAGUUGGUUAACAAAAACGAUACCAGCCGUCUCUGAAUGGAAGCAGUAUAUUGGCGUUUUAAUAUGCGGGGUUACAAUAUGGGGUACAUCUUGGUUUCUGUUCAAGGAUGUAGUACUCCCGGGCAGCUUCGCCUUUCACAUGGCUGGAGUAGCCAUAGCAGGCUAUGUUUGUGGACACACUAUAGAGCGGUAUACUACAGUCAAUCCUGUAGUGGGGAUGACGUUAACUGGAGCCCUUUACAGAAAUUUUGGACCAACCAGCUACUUAGACGACCCCAUUGCUAAUAUUAUUGAUUUUCAUUUAAGACGUAUAUACCCUGUAAUUAUCUUGACGAAAGGACCGCUCACUUGGAACUGGGAUUACAUAAAAAAUAAUUCGAUCAAAGUAUUCUCUCUAGCAACUAUACCUUGGAUCGUAGAGUGUUCGUCUAUGGUGUUUUUCAGUCAUUUACUUCUUGAUUUUCCAUGGUAUUGGGGUCUACAUCUCGGCGCGAUAUUGUCAUCAGUGUCUCCAGCUGUGGUAGUACCCACAGUAAACGCUCUAAGCGCACGGGGCCUGGGCACCAAGCGACAGAUCGCGCAACUAGUCGGCAAUGCCGGAGGACUCGACACCGCCUUCACAGAGGGCACGUUUGGAAUUAUCAAUAGCGCAAUAUUUUACCCGGCAAUGCUACCAUAUAGAAUUAUCAAGGCAGUUCUGGCAAUAUUCGUGGGGAUCGCGCUUGGCAUCUUGUGGGGCAUCCUGAUAGACUAUAUCCCGGACCACAGUGACGCGUAUGCGCCGACCAUACGCAGCCUCUUAAUUUUAUUCGGAGGGCUGCUGAUAUCAUACGGAGGUGCUUUCUUGGGAUGGGGAGGAACUUCUGGAGUGGCAAUCAUGGUGUGCGCGGGGACAGCAGCGACGCGGUGGUCGCGGCGAGGAUGGGCCAUCAACAACAACCCGGUGGCCGAGGUGUACAAGCUGCUGUGGCGGAUCUUUGAGCCCAUGCUCUUCACUUACAGCGGGUACUUUCUAGAAAUUUCUCAAGUGUCCGGAAAAGAAAUAUGUUUGAUGUUAGCCUGCAUCAUUUCCGCGUUGAUUUUGCGGCUAGUUACGGCAUUUCUUAUCGGUAUUUGUAACAAGAUGUCGAUAAGAGAAAGUUUGUUCAUUGCCAUCACGUGGAUACCAAAGGCCAUAGUUGAGGCAGUACUAGUUCGCGUGGCAGCAGAUUCUUUGUGGCAAGAUGCGACUUCAUCCGACAAACAAAUAGCGUCGCAACAUUCAAAUAUCAUAGUUAUUGCAAUUCUUAUAACUUCCACGCUGGGGUCUGCUCUCACCACGUCAUUGGGGCCUGUACUUCUUUCUCAAUCGAAAGUUACACCUGAAGAAUUUUAUCGUACACAGACCUUAUCGCCAACAGCAUCUGCGUAUAGUGUUAAAGAAAAAUCUAGCUCUCUUGAACUGUAAAUUAAAUAUGAAGUAAGAAGUUAAAUAUAUAUAUAUAUUAUU